AUGGAGCGACCGGCUAAUCAGAACGUCUUGACCGAAGACUGGGAUUUAACCAGCGGUUUUCCAGAUCUUGCAGCUCUUCCACUUCUCGGGCUGGGGACAGCUUCUGAAGCCGACCUCUUCGAAUACUGGGCAACAAAGAGCACUGGGCUCCAGGGCCCUCCGCUGUCUUCUUCGGCGUCUACUGGAAUGCUAUCCCUCCAUCCACAGAGCUCGCCUUGCAAUGCCACAAACCACCAAGGUCAACCGAGCAGUCAAGUGCCCCGUCAGCCAGCAGUCUUUCGAUGCAAGUGGGAAGGCUGUCGCUAUUCCGGGUCCUUCAACCGCAUUGGCGAUCUCCUGCGCCACGUUCGAAACAUUCACGUCUGCCCCCGGUCGUAUCCCUGCCCGGUGCAAAGCUGUGGGGAGAUCUUCAAUCGAAAGGACAACCUUCAAGAACAUAUGAGACGGCGUCACUGUGACUGAAAAGAGC